ACAAGCAACUCGACACGCAGCAGACGAUGCUUUUAUGAAAGAGGACAGGUGGAUUCAGCAGGGAACAAUGUGGAGCAACUGAGGGGAAAGGGACAAGGAAGCAAGGAAAGGACACCAGGAAGCAGCAAGGGGAAAAAAAAGAGAGAAGAAGAGAAGAGAAGAAAAUUGCCAAAUUUUGAACUCCGCAAAUGAGAAUACCAGGAUGAUCGUGAGACACGGGCAAUGUGUGUCCAGACUGAAGAUGAUCAGUCCUCCAUAGGACUCACUUAAUACACACAUACGAUUAAACCCUGCAGAUGCAUUUGAAAAGCGUCAGGAGGAUGUAUGGCUUUGAUGGACGUUGGACAUGGGCACACCGUUUCCAUCUCAUCAUCUGGCUCCUGCUGCUGGCAGCAGCUCCACCCACAGCACUUAGCUAUUUUUUUGGGGACACCAAGGCAGUGUUAAAUGGCUGUGACAACCACUGGACCCUGCGGGACAGGACAGCCAAGCCAUUGCUCAGACAGAUGACCGUGUGCAUGGACAUCCGCGUGGUGAAGCCUGGAGCCUGGGUGGCCUUCUCUUACAGCACCGUCUUCGCGCCCAAGCCUGAGCUGGGUCUGGAGGGAGAUGACUGGGCGCUGUACGGGUGGCUGCUAAAGGUCCGACAUCGGUUUCCUGUACAGUUGUCGCUAAACGACUGGCACAGAGUUUGUCUCAGGAGGGACGCAACACGCAAUUCCUUCAGUCUGGAGGUUAAUGGGACGGUGGUGGCAGAGAGAACUGUUAUCGCUCAGGCUUUCCGACCCCCCUCUGGUCGCCUCUUGCUGGGCUGUGGUACCACAAACAGACCCCCGGGAGGCAAACUCGGAAGCGUGGAGCUGUACCUUUUCCGAAUGUGGGCAGAUUCGAGCAAGCAUGGCGCCUGUGAGGACGGAACCAUCAUUGGCUGGAAUGCUCAAUACUGGCAUGUGACCAAUUCCAAAGCCGUGAAGAAAGAUCCCAGCCUUUCGUGUGAACACAGACGAUUGAGACGUGUUGCGGUUGGAGGGAAUCCUAAUGCUACGACCUCAGCAAUCACAUUGCCAUCUGGACGAUCGUUCUCAUCGUUGCCUGAUCCCUCCCUCAUAAACUGUGACGUCAGCCAACUCUGCUCCAACAACACUGCUUUCUUUUGGAUGUUCGUACGUGUCGACAACACCAGCGCGAACGUACAUGAAGCAGAAGUGGAAAACCAGGUGUCACAAGCAUUGAGCUGCCAAAAUGUAACUACAUCAUCCGAGAGGCAGGAUUUCUGUCAGAAAGUCCAAAGCGUUGUGGUCGUCGAGAUUUCCUGUAGCGUCAAAACAAGCAUAAGGAACACGACCUGCAGUGUGCUGCUGCAGCUCAGCCGCGCCGCCUCAGCGUGUGAAAUGCAGCAGGACGCAGUUUCUGCACUGCAGCAAACGGGAAGUGUGAGGAUAGGAAUCAUUGGAGCAGUGAAGAGAGUCGGUCGAAAUCUGUGUGAGGACCUGAAUUCUGGCAACAACUUUGUGAGGUGUAGUUUCACAUCGUCCCUGGAUAACAUCUGUCAGAAUGACACAAGCUCCAUGUUUAAUUGCUCCAUCUUAGACCUCAACUCAAGCAGGCCAGAUCCACAGACUGCGGUGGGAUCGUGCAGUGGUGGAAACAGUGCAGUCACAACAGCCAGCACAAAUAUCAGUUACACAACAGAGAACAAUGUGACUACGGCUGCCGACAAUUUCACAAUAGCCUCCCCCAGUUACACAACAGAGAACAAUAUAACUACAGCCACCAACAAUUACACUACAGCAGCAAACAUAGACACAGCAGUCAUAAACAAUUACACCACAACAUCAUCCAACUACACAGCAAACAACAAUGUGACAACAGCUGCCAACAAUUUCACAACAGCCUCCAACAGGAACACAAUAGGGUAUAAUGCACCCACAGUUACAAACAAUUACACAACCACUUCAGCCAAUUACAUGACAGAGAACAAUGUCACUACAGCCACUAACAAUUACACCACGACAUCUACCAAUUACAUAGCAAACAACAAUGUGACUACAACUGCCCACAAUUUCACUACAUCAUCACAAAAUGACACGACAGGGAACAACACAACUGCAGUGACCAACAAUUACACGACAGCCUCCAGCAGGAACACAACAGGACACAUUCCAAUUACAGCCUCUAUUAAUCGAACAACCGGAUAUAAUACACCUACAGUUACAAGCAAUUACACAACAGCCACAAACAACCACAUGACCACUUCAGGCAAUUACAUAAUAAACAACAAUGUUACUACAGCUGCCAACAAUUUCACAACGGCCUCUCCCAAUAACACAACAGAGAACAAUGUAACUGAAGCCACGACCAGGAACACAACAGCCACAAACCGUUACACAACAGCCUCUCCCAAUUACACAACAGGGAACAACACAACUGCUGUCACCACCAAUUACACAACAGUCUCUCCCAGUUACACAACAGGGAACAACACACAUGCUGUCACCACCAAUUCCACAACACUAAAUAACACAACUGCAGCCACCAACAAUUACUCUACAGCCUCCAACAGGAACACAACAAGACAAAUUGCAAGUACAGCUUCUAACAAUAACACAACAGGAUAUAAUACACCCACAAUUACUAAUAAUUACACAACAGCAACAAACAAUUCCAGAACUGCCUCUCACAAUUACACAACAGGGAACAACACAACUGCAGCCACCAACAAUUCCACAACAGUCUCUCCCAAUUACACAACAAGGAACAACACAGCUGCAGCCACCCACAUUUACACUACAGUCACGAACAGGAACACAACAAGACAAAUUGCAAUUACAACUAACAAUCACACAACAGGAUAUAAUACACCCACAAUCACUAUUAGUAACACAACAGCUUCAAACAAUUCCACUACAGCCUCUGCCACAACAGGGAACAACACCACUGCAAUGACCAACAAUCACACAGCAGCCUCUCCCAAUUACACAACAGGGAACAACACAACUGCAGCAACCAACAAUUACACUGCAGCCACCAACAAUUACACAACAGCCUCUCUUAGUUACACAACAGGGAACAACACAACUGCAAUGACCAACAAUUACACAGCAGCCUCUCCAAAUUACACAACAGGGAACAACACAACUGCAGCCACCAGCAAUUACACAACAGCCUCUCUUAGUUACACAACAGGAAACAGCACAAUUGUAGCCACCAACAAUCACACUACAGCCACACACAAUUACACAACAGCCUCUCCCAAUUACACAACAGGAAUCAACACAACUGCAGCAACCAGCAAUUACACAACAGCAUCUCCCAAUUAUACAACAGGGAACCACACAACUGCAGCGACCAACAAUUAUACAACAUCCUCUCCCAAUUACACAACAGGGAACAACACAACUGCAGCAACCAGCAAUUACACAACAGGAAUCAACACAACUGCAGCAACCAGCAAUUACACAACAGCAUCUCCCAAUUACACAACAGGGAACAACACAACUGCAAUGACCAACAGUUAUACAACAGCCUCUCCCAAUUACACAACAGGGAACAACACAACUGCAGCCACAAACAAUUCAACAACAGCCUUUCCCAAUUACACAGCAGAGAACAACCCAACUGCUGCCACCAGAAAUUACACUACAGCCUCCUACAGGAACACAACAAGACAAAUUGCAAUUACAGCUUCUAACAAUCACACAACUGGAUAUAAUACACCCACAAUUACUAAUAAUAACACAAUUGCCACAAACAAUUCAACAACAGCCUUUCCCAAUUACACAACAGAGAACAACACAAUAACUGCCACUAACAAUUACACUACAGCGACACACAAUUACACAACAGCCUCUCCCAAUUAUACAACGGAGAACAACACAACUGCAGCCCCCAGCAAUUCCAUAACAGCCUCUCCAAUUUACACAACAGAAAACAACACAACUGCAGCCACAAACAAUUACACUACAGCCACCAACAAUUACACUACAGCCACCAACAAUUACACUACAGCCACCAACAACACAACUGCUGCCACCACCAAUUACACUACAGCCACCAACAAUUACGCAACAGGGAACAACACAACUGCUGCCACCACCAAUUACACAAUAGCGUCUACUAAUUACACAACAGGGAACGACACAACUGUAGCCACUACCAGUUCCACAACAGGGAACAACACAACUGCUGCAACCAACAAUUACACAACAGCCUCUCCCAAUUUCACAAUAGGGAACAACACAACUGCAGCCACCAACAAUUACACAACAGCCUCUCCCAAUUACACAACAGGGAACAACACAACAACUGCCACUAACAACUACACUACAGCAUCACACAAUUACACAACAGCCCCUCCCAAUUACACAACAGGACACAACACAACUGCAGCCACCAACAAUUACGCAACAGGGAACAACACAACUGCUGCCACCACCAAUUACACAACAGCAUCUCCCAAUUACACAACAGGGAACAACACAACUGCUGCCACCAACAAUUCCACAACAGCCUCUCCCAAUUACACAACAGGAAACAACACAACUGUAGCCACCAACAAUUACACUACAGCCACACACAAUCACACAACAGCCUCUCCCAAUUACACAACAGGGAACAACACAAUUGCUGCCACCCACAAUUACACUACAGCCACCAGCAUUUCCACAACAGCCUCUCCCAAUUACACAACAUGGAACAACACAAUUGCUGCCACCCACAAUAACACUACAGCCACCAGCAUUUCCACAACAGCCUAUUCCAAUUACAUAACAGGGAACAACACAACUGCCACUAACAAUUACACUACAGCAACACACAAUAACACAACAGCCUCUCCCAAUUACACAACAGGACACAACAUAACUGCAGCCACCAACAAUUACACUACAGCCACCAACAAUUACGCAACAGGGAACAACACAACUGCUGUCACCACCAAUUACACGACAGCCACCAACAAUUACGCAAAUGGGAACAACACAACUCCUGCCACCACCAAUUACACAACAGCGUCUCCUAAUUACACAACAGGGAACGACACAACUGUAGCAGCCAACAGUUCCACAACAGGGAACAACACAACUGCUGCCAGCAACAAUUACACAUUAGCCUCUCCAAAUUUCACAACAGGGAACAACACAACUGCUGCCACCCACAAUCACACGACAGCCACCAGCAGUUCCACAACAGCCUCUCCCAAUUACCCAACAAGGAACAACACAACAACUGCCACUAACAAUUACAUUACAGCCACACACAAUUACACAACAGCCUCUCCCAAUUACACAACAGGGAACAACACAACUGCAGCCACCAACAAUUAUACAACAGCAUCUCCCAAUUUCACAACAGAGGACAACACAACUCCAGCCACCAACAAUUACACAACAGCCUUUCACAGUGACACAACAGUUAACAACACAACUGCAGCCACCAACAAUUACACUACAGCCACCAGAAAUUACACAACAGCCUCUCCCAAUUACACAACAGGGAACAACACAACGACUGCCACUAACAAUUACACUACAACCACACACAAUUACACUACAGCAACCAACAAUUACGCAACAGGGAACAACACAACUUCAGCCACAAGCAAUUACACAACAGGGAACAACACAACUGCUGCCACCACCAAUUACACUACAGCCACCAACAAUUACGCAAUAGGGAACAACACAACUGCUGCCACCACCAAUUACACAACAGCGUCUACUAAUUACACAACAGGGAACAACACAACUGCUGCAAGCAACAAUUCCACAACAGCUUCUCCUUAUUACACAACAGAGAACACCACAACUGCAGCCACCAACAAUUACACAACAGCGUCUCCCAAUCACACAAGAGGAAACAACACAACUGCUGCCACCCACAAUUCCACAACAGCCUCUCCCAAUUACACAACAGGGAACAACACAACAACUGCCACUAACAAUUACAGUACAGCCACACACAAUUACACAACAGCCUCUCCCAGUUACACAACAGGACACAACACAACUGCAGCCACCAACAAUUACACUACAGCCACCAACAAUUACGCAACAGGGAACAACACAACUGCAGCCACCACCAGUUACACAACAGCCUCUCCCAAUUACACAACAGGGAACAACACAACUCCAGCCACCAACAAUUACACAACAGGGAACAACACAACUUCUACCACCCACAAUUACACCACAGCCACCAGCAAUUACACAACAGCCUCUCCCAAUUACACAACAGGGAACAACACAAUUUCUGUCACCCACAAUUACACUACAGCCACACACAAUUACACAACAGCCUCUCCCAAUUACACAACAGGACACAACACAACUGCAGCCACCACCAAUUACACUACAGCCACCAACAAUUACGCAACAGGGAACAACACAACUGCUGCCACCACCAAUUACACAACAGCCUCUCCCAAUUACACAACAGGGAACAACACAACAACUGCCACUAAUAAUUACACUACAGCUACACACAAUUACACAACAGCCUCUCCCAGUUACACAACAGGACACAACACAACUGCAGCCACCAACAAUUACACUACAGCCACCAACAAUUACGCAACAGGGAACAACACAACUGCAGCCACCACCAAUUACACGACAGCCACCAGCAGUUCCACAACAGCCUUUCCCAAUUACACAACAGGGAACAACACAACAACUGCCACUAAUAAUUACACUACAGCCACACACAAUUACACAACAGCCUCUCCCAAUUACACAACAGGGAAUAACACAACUUCAGCCACCAACAAUUCCACAACAGCCACCAACAAUUACACAACAGGGAACAACACAAAUGCCGUCACCACCAAUUACACGACAGCCACCAACAAUUACGCAACAGGGAACUACACAACUCCUGCCACCAACAAUUACACAACAGUGAACAACACAAAUGCUGUCACCACCAAUUACACGACAGCCUCUCCCAAUUACACAACAGGAAACAACACAAUUGUAGCCACCAACAAUUACACUACAGCCACCAACAAUUACGCAACAGGGAACAACACAACUGCUGCCACCACCAAUUACACAACGGCAUCUCCCAAUGACACAACAGGGAACAACACAACUGCAACCACCAACAAUUACACAACAGGGAACAACACAACUGCUGCCACCAACAAUUACACAACAGCCUCUCCCAAUAACACAACAGGAAACAACACAACUGUAGCCACCAACAAUUACACUACAGCCACCAACAAUUACGCAACAGGGAACAACACAAAUGCUGCCACCCACAAUUACACUACAGCCACCAGCAUUUCCACAACAGCCUCUCCCAAUUACACAAUGGGGAACAACACAACGACUGCCACUAACAAUUACAAUACAGGCACACACAAUUACACAACAGCCUCUCCCAAUUACACAACAGGGAACAACACAACUGCAGCCACCAACAAUUACACAACAGGGAACAACACAACUGCAGCCACCAACAAUUACACAACAGCCUCUCCCAAUUACACAACAGGGAACAACACCAUUUCUGCCACCCACAAUUACACUACAGCCACCAGCAAUUACACAACAGCCUCUCCCAAUUACACAACAGGGAACAACACAACAACUGCCACUAACAAUUCCACAACAGCCUCUCCCAAUUACACAACAGGGAACAACACAACUGCUGCCACCAACAAUUACACUACAGCCACCAGUAAUUACACAACAGCCUCUCCCAAUUACACAACAGGGAACAACACAACAACUGCCACUAACAAUUACACUACAGCCACACACAAUUACACAACAGGGAACAACACAACUGCAGCCACCAACAAUUACACUACAGCCACACACAAUUACACAAUAGCCACCAACAACUACGCAACAGGGAACAACACAAUUGCUGCCACCCACAAUUACACUACAGCCACCAGCAUUUCCACAACAGCCUCUCCCAAUUACACAACAGGACACAACACUACUGCAGCCACCAACAAUUACACUACAGCCACCAGCAAUUACACAACAGCCUCUCCCAAUUACACAACAGGGAACAACACAACUGCUGCCACAAACAAUUCCACAACAGCCUCUCCCAAUUACACAACAGGGAACAACACAACAAUUGCCACUAACAAUUACACUACAGCCACACAAAAUUACACAACAGGGAACAACACAACUGCCAAUAACAACUACACUACAGCCACACACAAUUACACAACAACAUCUCCCAAUUACACAACAGGACACAACACAACUGCAGCCACCAACAAUUACACAACAGCCUCUCCCAAUUACACAACAGGGAACAACACAACUGCUGCCACAAACAUUUCCACAACAGCCUCUCCCAAUUACACAACAGGGAACAACACAACUGCAGCCACCAACAAUUACACAACAGCCUCUCCCAAUUACACAACAGGACACAACACUACUGCAGCCACCAACAAUUACACAACAGGGAACAACACAAAUGCUGUCACCACCAAUUACACGACAGACACCAACAAUUAUGCAACAGGGAACAACACAACUGCUGCCACCAACAAUUACACUACAGCCACCAACAAUUACACAACAGUAAACAACACAAAUGCUGUCACCACCAAUUCCACGACAGCCACCAACAAUUAUGCAACAGGGAACAACACAACUGCUGCCACAAACAAUUCCACAACAGCCUCUCCUAAUUACACAACAGGGAACAACACAAUUGCUGCCACCCACAAUUACACUACAGCCACCAGAAUUUCCACAACAGCUUCUCCCAAUUACACAACAGGGGACAACACAACUGCCACUAACAAUUACACUACAGCCACACACAAUUACACAACAGCCUCUCCCAAUUACACAAUAGGACACAACACAACUGCUGCCACCAACAAUUACACUACAGCGACCAGCAAUUACACAACAGCCUCUCCCAAUUACACAACAGGGAACAACACAACUGCUGCCACAAACAAUUCCACAACAGCCUCUCCUAAUUACACAACAGGGAACAACACAACUGCUGCCACCCACAAUGACACUACAGCCACCAGCAAUUACACAACACCACCAACAAUUAUGCAACAGUGA